CAUAUAGUUAUAACCCUGCUCAGUCUGCUGUGAUUCCAACUGCCAAGCAGAGCUGGUCAGUUAUAGUUUUGUUUUUCCGGUUCAAGAUAAACGUCUUUCAAGGGUCCUUUAGAAUGAAUUUCGCUGGGAUUCUUGUGGCUCUAAUGCUAGUACCUUUAUGCAGCGGCGGAAUCUGUGAUGAAGGUCCGCCCGGUAAAUUCUGUGAACCCAACCUUACUGGCUACCAUGACUGCGUUUACAACCCMAAAACAGGAAAAGUGGAGGAUCAUGUUUAUGAAUGUCCGCCAAAGACAAGGUGUACAUGUAUGGGUAUACCAUGCCAGACCAGCAACCCUUGCGGUAACUACACUUUACCACCAGUAUGGCCUCAAGAUUAUACGGCUGACUUCAAUACCAUCGAUAAAAUCUGCUCUCCAGCUGGCUGUCACACAACGUACAGCCGUUUUGCAAUGUGGCGUGACACAGUGAACCGGAAAUACAGACAAGACAACACGAUUGCCCCACACGACCCUGCUUAUGAGUAUUUUAUUGUUCUAGCGAAUAAGCAGUCAACGUAUGAUUUGUACCAUGUGAUUCCAUCCGCUACACGCUGCACAAAGUCCAUCAUUUCCACGUUUCCUAAAAAGAUAACCGACAUCGGUACAUUCUUCAAGUACGACGGCACCGAAGAAGUYACUGGUAUCAUCACCAAAAGAUGGCUCUGGAAAUCCGGGGGAAGAAACAGUGGUAUACCAAUCAAUACAUACAUAUGGAACAGCUACAGCGGGAAACCACUGCAGUUUCGUAUGGAGCUGCCAGGAAGCCAGAUGUCCAAAACAAGCAGGAAUUUCCAGGCUUAUGCAGGAACCUUUGUUCCUGGAACUCCUGACCAGGAAGUGUUUGUUUUACCAAAUUAUUGUGAAGGAGGCCAACAGCAAUUUGAUGUGGGCGAGUUUGAAGAGUUCCAGUUCUUUAAACCAGAAUAAACAAAAUCCAAACACUCACAUAAAGGCUGCUACCUUAAACACUAGUCAGAUUGUAAGGUCCAGAUCAUAUAAAUCGAUGUGUUCAGUAACUAAGUUUAUAAUAUAAUGGCUGCUAUUUUGAACACUAGUCAGUUCGUAAGGUCCAGAUCAUAUAAAUCGAUGUGUUCACUAAGUUUAUAAUAUAAUGGCUGCUAUUUUGAACACUAGUUAGUUCGUAAGGUCCAGAUCAUAUAAAUCGAUGUGUUCACUAAGUUUAUAAUAUAAUCGCUGCUACCUUAAACACUAGUUAGUUCGUAAGGUCCAGAUCAUAUGAUGUAUUUAGUAAGUUUAUAAUGUUCCUGCUUAUAUGCAACAUGUCAAUGUUUUCUUGCUUUGGAUAAUGYAUGCAAUUUAUAAUAAACYCAAUGCCUCGUUCGCUGUAUUUUAA